AUGUUCCUCUCCUCCAAGCGAAAGGUCGUCGAUGGCCUGAACAGGCGAUAUAUCUACGGUCGCGUGCCGCUCCUGCACACGAUCAUCUUUAUUAUCGAGAUGGCCGUAGCAACCCGCCUCGCUGCCAAAUUCAACACCUACUAUGCUGAGAGACCAGCUUCUUUCUUCGCGCCCACAGUGCUGACCACCAUGGUGACCAACGCCGUGCUUGGUGGAGUCGCCGAUACCGUUGCACAGCUGAUCACCGCCGUGAAGGCGCGCUCGGCACAGAGGAGAUCCGAAACCCGUGACGACUUCAUGUCGAUAGAGAUUCACGACUUGGACAAGGAGAAGCCGCCGGCGGUUGGGGAGAUUGGGUACUACCGGAGCUCGCCGCCACCCUUCGACUUUGAGCGCCUCACGCGAUUCAUGGCCUAUGGUUUCUUCAUGGCCCCCGUGCAGUUCCAGUGGUUUGGCUUCUUGUCCAGAGCCUUCCCGCUCACCAAGAAGCACCCGACCACCCCGGCUUUGAAGCGUGUUGCCCUCGACCAAUUAGUCAUGGCGCCGAUUGGUCUCGCCAUUUUUUUCACAUAUAUGACGAUCGCCGAGGGUGGAGGCAAGAAGGCACUGACGCACAAGUUCCGGGAUGUCUACCUGCCCACACUCAAGGCCAAUUUCGUCCUGUGGCCGGCGGUGCAGAUUCUGAACUUCCGGGUCAUCCCCAUUCAGUUUCAGAUUCCCUUUGUUUCAUCCAUCGGUAUUGCGUGGACUGCGUACUUGUCCCUGACCAACUCCGAGGAGUCGUCCUAA